CGGGAGCACAAACUCAAAGAAGUCGUUUAUGGAUGGAGCUGUACUAAAAUAGCAGUAAAACUGAGAAAAACGAUUCACUUGCGUUAGGGCCUUUCCUUGAAUCAUAUACACAUAAUAACGAAAAGCCCUAACGCGUCCGAGUCAACUCAUUACCUUCUUCAUUCUCAAUCGCAGAAUAUCACAUUCGAUUAGGAGGUGCACACAAAUUUGGCCCCUUUCAGCUGCAAGUAAUAGUGGAUAUGAAGAUCUUCACACAUGACUGAAAUCAAUGAUUUUGGUAUCAUGAGUUUUGUUUUCCGAGGCACAAGAGGAGAUAUAGAAACUGGGUUUCCAGGAUUUGCACCUGAACGGCGUACAGUGCGUGUACAUGCAGCCCGACCAGUCAAUACGAACUCUCUUGCUUUUCUUGUAACAGUGCUUUUGCUGUUUAUGAUUUUAAACUCACACCAAUUGUCUCCUAAUUUCCUGCUCUGGUUGGUGCUUGGUGUGUUCUUUAUGGCGACAACUUUGAGGAUGUAUGCAACUUGCCAGCAACUUCAAGCUCAGGCACAAGCUCAUGCAGUUGCAGCCAGUGGCCUUCUUGGCCACACUGAACUGCGACUUCACAUGCCGCCAUCUAUUGCACUUGCCACCAGAGGAAGAUUGCAAGGUCUAAGGCUCCAGCUUGCGCUUCUUGACAGGGAAUUUGAUGACUUAGAUUACGAAACUCUACGUGCACUAGAUGCUGACAAUGUUCCUACAGCCUCUAUGACUGACGAAGAGAUCAAUGCUCUUCCUGUUCACAAGUAUAAGGCUUCUGGCCCUCAAAGCUCAUCAGUGCAGCAGUCUUCUUCUUCAUUAUCAGCUGAGAAGAAGCAAGACCUUACAAAUGCACAAGCCGGAUUGAAAUCUUCUGAUGACGAAUUGACUUGUAGUGUUUGCUUGGAGCAAGUUAAUGCUGGAGAACUCAUUCGUAGCCUGCCAUGCUUGCAUCAGUUUCAUGUGAAUUGCAUAGAUCCUUGGCUACGGCAACAAGGAACGUGCCCGGUUUGCAAGUUUAGAGCCGGGUCGCAGUGGUCUGAAGGAGAAGAUGAUGCCUCAGACAUGGUUUAACUUUUGAAGUUUCGAACGAUCAUUAAGAAUCUAAGAUAUUUGUUAACUCAAUCCUCAGAGUACUUAUAUGUAUACUGCCAAAGUUGAGAAUUGUCCCUGCUAACUAAAUUACAUAGAUGGUUCAUCAACAAGUUUCUGUCUCUCUGUACUAACGAAAUCCCGACUGUGCGCACUGCCCAUAAUAUUGGCUAUAAGAUUUUCUCAAAAAAAAUUAUAUUGUUCGAAAAAUCGACAUGAAAAGCAGUAGUAUUUUUUUUAAGAAAAAA